AUGGACAAUGGGCUCAAAGAUGCAACCUACAACGCUGAUGAUCUGCUGGAUGAGAUUGCCACUAUAGCUUUACGAGGAGAGUUGGAAGCUGAAGCUAAGGCCAAUGGAAACCAGGUAGCAGCUGGUCAGUUCUCUGCUCUUAAUCCACGUAAUCCAGAAUCCAUGCUGAAAAAUAUAGUUGAAAGACUAGAUUCCUUAUCAAACCAGAGAGAUCUGCUCAAUCUCAAUGGAAUUGUAAGGGGGAAACCAUCAUGCAUGUUUCCCACAACUUCUUUAGUUGAUGAAUCCAAAGUGUUUGGUAGAGAAAAGAAUAAAGAGGAACUAACGGAGUUUUUGCUUGCUGGUAGUGUGCGAGAAUUGGUUGUGAUUGCUAUAGUUGGGAUUUAUGGGGUUGGCAAGACGACCAUUGCUCAGCUCUUGUAUAAUGAUUCAAAGGUGGAGGAACAUUUUGAAUUAAGAGCAUGGGCUUAUGUUUCAGAAGAAUUUGAUGUUUUAAACAUCACAAGAACCACUUUUGAAUCAAUCACUCCAAGCGAUUGCAAUGUCAGAGACCUGAAUGUUCUUCAAGUCAAACUAAAGCAGAAAUUAAAGGGAAAGAGAUUUCUACUUGUUCUAGAUGGCAUUUGGAAUGUGAACUUUAGUAAAUGGGAUUUGCUGUCAAGACCCUUAUCAGUUGGAGCCUAUGGGAGUAAAAUUAUUGUGACAACUCGUAAUCAAAGUGUUGCAUCAAUCAUGCAUGCUGUUGUUACUUAUCCUUUGCCGCAUUUGUCAUUUGAAGCCUGCUGGUCAUUAUUUGCAAAACAUGCAUUUAAUACGAGAAACCCUGCAGAACAACCAACCUUAAAGGGAAUCGGUGAGGAGAUUGUCAAAAAAUGCAAAGGCCUGCCUUUAGCUACAGAAACACUUGGAACCCUCUUGCACUCGAAAGUAGAAGUUGAGGAAUGGCAUAGAAUACUGAAAAGCAAGAUAUGGGAUCUACCUAAUGACCAGAGUAACAUACUUUCCGCUUUAUUAUUGAGCUACUAUCAUCUCCCUUCACAUCUCAAACAAUGUUUUGCUUAUUGUUCAAUUUUUCCUAAGGGCUAUGAGUUUGAAAAGGAGAAAUUGGUUUUCUUGUGGAUGGCAGAAGGUUUCCUACAGCAACAAAAGGGUAAUGACACAAUAGAAGAGGUUGGAAAUGAGUACUUUCGUGAACUAUUAUCGUGGUCAUUUUUUCAACAAUCACCUCGCAACAAAUAG